AACAUAUCUUUGCGUACUGCAAUGGCACAACCUCGUCCAGCAUGGGCUCGUUUCCGUUUUAUGGCUCAACCUACCCCAGUUGCACAGCCAGCUCCUCCUACUACUCCUGCACCACCUCCAGUCCAACCCCUGCAGCCACGGGCACCAUUUGGUCAGCCUGCAAGGCCACCAGUAGCGCCGUCUCAGGUAAGUCAGCCUCGGGAGCCUACUCCUCCGCCUCCGCGUUCACCUUCACCACCUCCACAGCCUCAGGAGCCUACUCCUCCGCCUCCCCGUUCACCUGCACCACCUCGAUCACCACCUCCUGCUGCUGCACCACCUGCACCGGCUAGAUCUCCACCGAGGUCACCUGUUGCACCACCUGUUCCAAUUGCACAGCCAGCUCCUCCUCCUGCACGACCUCCAAUCCAACCCCCGCAGCCACGGCCACCAUUUCGUCCACUGGCGAGGACACCAGCAGUGCCGCCUCUGGAGCCUACUCCUCGACCCCCGCCCGCUGCAACUUCGCCACCGAGGUCCGCUGUUGCACCACCAGUUCCUGCGCCUUCAACCCCAAGAAGGUCUCCAAUUUCAGCACCCCCAACUGCAGCCCCUUCACCAAAGCAUUUGGCUUCAUCGCCAGCUCGGGACCCCACUACUGCUGCUGCAUCAAAAUCUCCUGUCCCAAAAGAACCAGUGACAACCACAAAUCUUCGCGUUCCAUCUUCUCCAAUUCGCAAAUCUCCUCAAAGAGAAAGACAAGCUUCAUCCUCUUCAAUGUCAGCUUCUCCAGUGCCAAAACCAGUUUCAACUGCAGGCCUUGAAUCAUCUCCUAAAACUGUCAAACCAUUGGAAAAAACUCCGGUCCACUCCCCUAAACCGAAGCCAGAAACUCCUCCACCAUCUCCAUUCAUACUACCUCCCUCUCAAAUUAAGUCAGACAGCGAGCAUGAAUCAAGGAUACUUACUAAAGUCCACCAAAAGGACGUGCUAAUGCAUGAAACCAUCGAAAAAUUACCAAAGCUAAUGCCAACAAGUUUACAUUGCAGUAGCAUUGCUUCCAACGGAAAGCAAGAGUUACCAAAAGAAAAAGUUCCAAACAAGAAAAAUUCUGAUUCUGAAAAGUUGGGUAUGAGUUUUAUAACACUUGCAGGUGAAAACAAAGGAGCUGUAAUGGAAUUAAAUCCUUCCCGCAAUAAAAAGCAUGCUACCAAUCCUCAGAGCCUUCAGAAGAAUGGAAAUUAUGCUAAACUUCAGAGCGAAGGCGAAAAAUCGGGCAGUGAUGAAGAAGGAAGAUCAAACAAGGAGAAAAAUAAGAAUGCAAUAGUAAUGCAAUCACCACCAAUGACUGCAUAUGUGAACAGCAACGUUCAGGGAGUAAACAAUUCCAUUUUCUUCAAUGGUUCUUCCACUCAUCAAAAUCCAGGAGUUCAUCUCUCUAUCAAUCGAAAGGCAGAAGGAAGCCAUGGAAUUCACCUGAAGGAUCACCAUGCAUAAUGCAUCAUAAAUUUAAAGAAAAAUAAAAAUAAAACUCAAGAAAUGGAUGGCUUCCCUUCCGUACUUUAGAGGUUAUCAGCUUUUCGUGCUUCAUUCUGAAAUGUGUCAUGAAAUAAAACUUGGUUAUCGAUUUGAGUCAUUUAAAAUGUUACUGAAAUUAAAGGGCAUGUACUCCUAUUCCCCAACUUUUAAUUCAGUUCUAUUCUAGUGUUUCCUUCAGGAUAAACGAAAGAUAUGCUUAAUUUGUGAUUUAAUAAAUUUUCCAUUUACUGAGCA